UUAUAACGUCUUGUAAUGGAAGAUGGAAGACAAAGGGGCUCGUGUUGCUGACUACUUUGUUGUCGCAGGAUUAACAGAUAUUUCAAAACCACUAGAGGAAGAAAUACACUUCAAUGAUGCUUGCCAUAAAAUUGCUAAACCAAAAGAACCUAUUACAGAUGUAACAGUAAUUAAUAAAUCUCUGGGGGAGGAAGUUCCUCAGGGAUAUAAAUGUAUAGAUGUUACUCCCUCGGGACUGUCUGCAGAUCUUAAUAAUGGCAGUCUUGUAGGACCGCAAAUAUACCUUUGUUAUCGCCGAGGAAGGGAUAAGCCCCCACUUACUGAUUUGGGGGUUUUAUAUGAUGGGAAAGAAAGAGUAAAACAAGGUUGUGAAAUAAUUCAAACUACUCCGUAUGGUCGGCCUGCUAAUAUUAGUGGCAGUGCCUCAUCACAAAGGGUGUACAUCACUUACCGAAGAGCAUCCGAAAACAUGACACAAAACACGUUGGCUGUUACGGAUAUAUGUAUAAUCAUACCAAGUAAAGGAGAAACCCCUCCGCAUACAUUCUGCAAGGUUGACAAGAACCUUAAUAAUAGUAUGUGGGAAUAUUUAUGUUAUAAAAAGUCUGUGGCAAAAACCAACACCAUAUCAUAUAAAGCUGGUUUAAUAUGCAGAUAUCCUGAAGAAGAUUAUGAAUCAUUCCCGUUACCAGAAUCUGUGCCUCUUUUUUGUCUACCUAUGGGUGCAACAAUUGAAUGUUGGCCAUCCAACAGUAAAUACCCUCUCCCAGUUUUUUCUACGUUUGUACUAACUGGAGCUUCUGCAGAAAAGGUAUAUGGUGCUGCUAUUCAGUUUUAUGAACUGUAUCCUGAAGAGAAUCUCACAGAGAAACAAAAAUCUCAACUGGGAUUAGCAGCUGCUGUCGAGGGAAAGUCAGACACAUGCAGAACAGUUCAAACAAAUAAAUGCAUCUGUCUUCUCUCUCACUGGCCUUUCUUUGAUGCUUUCAAGAAGUUUCUUACCUUUCUGUAUCGUUACUCCAUUUCUGGUCCACAUGUCCUACCCAUUGAGAAACACAUUUCCCAUUUCAUGCAUAAAGUUCCUUUUCCAUCCCCUCAGAGGCCAAGAAUUCUAGUUCAGCUAUCUCCACAUGAUAACCUGAUUCUUAGCCAACCUGUGUCAUCACCCCUUCCACUGAGUGGAGGCAAGUUUUCUACACUACUUCAGAAUUUAGGACCUGAAAAUGCAGUAACUCUACUUGUAUUUGCUGUGACGGAACAUAAAAUUCUCAUCCAUUCAUUACGACCUUCUGUCCUUACUAGUGUGACAGAGGCAUUAGUCUCUAUGAUAUUUCCCUUCCACUGGCCUUGCCCAUAUAUUCCUCUCUGUCCCUUGGCACUGGCGGAUGUGUUAAGUGCACCAUGCCCAUUCAUAGUGGGAAUUGAUUCAAGAUACUUUGAUCUCUAUGACCCUCCACCAGACGUUAGCUGUGUUGACCUAGAUACCAAUACCAUUUCUCAAAAUGGAGAUAAGAAAGCUAUUGCAUGGAAGAUCUUACCAAAGAAACCUUGUAAAAAUCUGAUGAACACUUUAAGUAAUUUAUAUCAGCAACUGGCAGAAUUGCAACAGAGACCAAGAGAAGAUGCAUUAAUGGAAUUAGCAAUGAAUGACUAUGAUUUUAAUUCUGGGAAGAAAUUGCACCUUUUAGACUUGGAGAUCCAGGAAGCAUUCCUGUGUUUCAUGGCCUCGAUACUAAAAGGUUACAGGUCUUAUCUCAGGCCAAUAACAGAGGCACCCUCUGAAACUGCCACAGAUGCAAGUUCUCUCUUUGAACUACAAGGUUUCCUCAAAAGUCGAGAUCGUUCACAUCAGAAGUUCUACACACUGAUGACCAAAACUCAAAUGUUUAUUCGCUUCAUUGAAGAGUGUUCUUUUGUCAGCGAUAAGGAUGCAAGCCUUGCGUUUUUUGAUGACUGCGUAGAUAAAGUAGAUAUGGACAAAACUGGGGAAACACGACUUAUAGAGCUGGAUGAGUCAUACAAGAGUGAACAUACAGUUUUCAUAACACCACCUGAGAUCCCUCAUCUGCCAAACGGUGAAGAGCACCCUCUACAAUACAGCUAUAAUGGAUUUCCAGUAUUAAAACUAGAUUUGUUUGAGCGACCUGAAGGAUUUCUCAAGGCACCAAAUAACAAACUGUCCUCAAAAGCCAGUAGUCCCAACAGUCCAUCGCCAAUGUUCAGAAGAACUAAACAGGAAAUUAAAUCCGCACAUAAAAUUGCUAAGAAGUACUCAUCCAUACCCCAGAUGUGGUCCAGGUGUUUGUUACGUCACUGCUAUGGUCUUUGGUUUAUCUGCCUUCCUGCAUAUGUGAAAGUGUGCCACUCGAAAGUCAGGGCUCUGAGAACUGCGUAUGAUGUGCUACAAAAAAUGCAUACCAAAAAAAUAGAUCCACCUGAUGAGGUGUGCUACCGAGUACUCAUGCAACUGUGUGGACAAUAUGGUCAGCCUGUGCUAGCAGUGAGAGUGCUUUUUGAAAUGCAGAAAGCUGGUGUUGAUCCUAAUGCUAUUACUUAUGGCUACUACAAUAAGGCUGUCUUGGAAAGUACCUGGCCUUCAAGCAAUCGAGGUGGCUAUUUCCUAUGGAUGAAAAUAAGAAACGUUGUUUUAGGAAUAGCACAGUUUAAAAAGGCAUUGAAAAAACUACCAGCAAGCACAUCACAUACAGCUCUUCCUGGGGGACUUUCAGACUCUGGCAGUAACACAUCAUUCAAAGAAGAAACCAGGCAAGGGAAAACUUGUCUUCAAGAUAUACAAGAACAAAAAGAGGACACGAGAGAGAGUGACUCCAGUUCUCUGUCUGAGGUGGAGAGCACAAAAGGGAGUGGUGACUGCCUACCUAAACUGAAUUACCAGAACUCAGCUAAUGCCAAAGCCACUUCUAGCAUAGUGCGGCUCAACGGUACAGUUGACAAUACUGUAGCAGAAGCUAGCACUGAGAGUUCUGUAGGAUUGCUGUUUACAUCAUCUUUUGAGGAUGUCAGUGAAGCAGAAGUUAUAAAAAGUAAAUCCUUAAGAAAGCGACGUAAAAGUGCAGUAGAACCUGACUUGAGGGAGAUACCAUGGGAAAGCAGGAACCGUAACCUGAGUGGAGAUGGCUUAGUGGGACUCAUGAUGAAUAGAAUAAAUCAGGAAGCAAAUCCUGGUGAAAUAGUUGAAAAACUAGGAGCUGAUGCCAAAAUCCUAUCUAGUGCAUUACAGAAAAGCAUAAGGCCAAAAACUCUUAAUAUCAGAACUUCCUCUUUAGGAUCUAAGAGAGAAAGCCUGGAGAAAGAAUCUAGUGAUGAAGAUGCGGCUUUUGAUUGCAGUUUUACAGAUAAAACAGAAUCUCCUGUUAUCUUUGAUUUGGAAGACUUGGAUGCAGAACCUGAAACAUCUACAGCAGUGAAAUCCUCCAGUGAAAAAUCUAGAAGGCUGCAAAGAAAGAGCAGCUUUGCAGUAAAACCAAUUGAAAAGACAGAUGUUGAAACUGGAUUCGAUCCACUGUCCCUGUUGGUUGCUGAGACAGAACAGCAGAAAGAGGAUGAAGAGGAGGAUGAUGAUCAAAGUGUUUCUACUCCAUCUGCAAGGCGAGAUUUAGCUGAGGAAAUAGUCAUGUACAUGAACAACAUGAGCAGUCCUUUGUCAAGUCGUGCCCCAAGCAUGGAGUUGCAAAAACCCUAUGAUGACAGAAAUGCUAAUAAAAAGAGCCCAACUGUAAACCAGCCUUGUAGGAGGUCCAGCCUUCCCCCGAACUCCCCAAGGCCAUCCAGUCUUACCAAAUCCAAGAGUUAUCAGGCAAAAAACGAAGAAAGGCCAAGAGACAGGCUUUGGUCCUCCCCAGCUUAUUCCCCAAACAGUCCAGCAAAGGAACAGCCGCAGGAUGCAACUGGUGCAUUGACACUUGUGUCUUCACCAUCAUUCAACUUGGAUACGCUGUUGACACCUAAGCUGGAUGUUCUGAAAAGCAGCAUGUUUUCUGCUGGAAAAGGGGUUGCAGAGAAAGCUAGCAAGUGGUACUCAAAAUUUGCAAUGUAUGCUGCAUCCUCAAAGGAUCAAAAUUCAGACCGAGCAAGUGUUUCAUCUCUUGGAGCUCUGGACUCAGAAUCUACUUCUCUAACUGAUGAAGAUGUCUGCAAUGAUUUUGAAAGUGCUUCUCCUCAGGAGAAUGCCCCAUCAGAAAUAAAGAGAAUUGGGCUCAGCAGGACAAGCCUAGAAAGCUCAGCUUCCCACGAUGGUUCUCUUUCAAAGUUCCCUUUACCUGACAAAUCAGAGUUGAUAUCUUCCUGCAGUACAAGUAGUACCAGCGUGUUUCAGAACUACGCUAUGGAGGUCCUCAUCUCAAGCUGUUCACGAUGUCGAACUUGUGACUGUUUGGUUCAUGAUGAAGAAAUCAUGGCAGGUUGGACGGCAGAUGAUUCAAAUCUCAAUACCACAUGUCCGUUCUGUGGCAAUUUAUUUCUGCCUUUUUUAAGCAUAGAAAUCAGAGAUCUUCGGCGACCUGGACGCUACUUCCUGAAGUCCAGCCCAUCUACAGAAAACAUGCACUUCCCAUCACCUUUUCCAAAUCAGAGCGAGAAGUCCUGUGGCACUGCAGCUACUGGUGGCCUUGCUACAUCUCUAAUGUCUGUUCAAGAGGAUAUAAAUUCAAACAGCAAAUCUAAGCAGCAUGACAAUGUUUGUGCCAGAAGUAUCCAGAUCCCCUCAGGAAGAAGACAAAAUACCUCUGGGUCAGAAUGUACAAGUCACCCUGUAGCAAGGAGUAUCAGUACUUUUGGUCCGUUGGAAGAAGAUGAGAAAGAAAACCAGAAGAUCAGCCAUAUCAUUCCUACUGGUAGCCUGCCUGCUACUUUGCAAGGACCAACAGAUUCCUUGGGCCUAGAAUGGCGUUUACCUAGUCCUGAUCCUAUAACGGUUCCAUAUCUCAGUCCUCUAGUGGUAUGGAAAGAGCUUGAGAGCUUACUUGAAAACGAAGGGGAUCAUGCAAUAACAGUGGCGGACUUUGUAGAUCAUCAUCCUAUUGUGUUCUGGAAUUUGGUGUGGUAUUUCAGACGCUUGGACCUGCCUAGCAACUUACCAGGAUUAAUACUUUCUUCUGAGCACUGUAAUAAAAACUCCAAGAUUCCACGAAAGUGUAUGUCAGAGGACAGUAAAUAUGUUCUUAUUCAGAUGCUAUGGGACAAUAUGAAAUUGCAUCAGGAUCCAAGGCAGCCACUGUAUAUUUUGUGGAAUGCUCAGACCCAGAAGUACCCGAUGGUCCAUUUAUUGCAAAAAGAUGAUGACUCUUUUAACCAGGAGCUCUUGAGAAGUAUGGUGAAAAGCAUUAAGAUGAAUGAUGUGUAUGGACCAAUGAGUCAAAUGUUGGAGAGAUUGAACAAAUGGCCACAUAUUAAAAGACAGAGGAGCCUUUACAGAGAAAUACUAUUUCUUUCACUUGUUGCCCUAGGAAGAGAUAACAUUGAUAUAGAUGCUUUCGACAGAGAGUACAAAAUGGCCUAUGAUCGUCUCACAGCUAAUCAAGUGAAGAAUACUCAUAAUUGUGAUAGACCACCAAGUACUGGAGUGAUGGAAUGCAGAAAGAUUUUUGGAGAACCAUAUCUUUAA